UGUCGACAUUUACGUCUCAUGGUUAAUAUAAAUGUUAAAAACACGGGUCCCUGCCAGUUCUUGGUCAAUAUAUCGGCAGAUAUUUAUAUCCGGUUGCUUAAGGCCUUGUGGCCUAGCCACAGCCACGGCUUCAAGUGUAUUAGUAUUCGCUCGCUGCGGGCAUUGUCGAGGCUCGGCGGCUCGCGAAGUGCACGUUAGCUCUUUCCAGAGGACUAGUUGGCUAGCUAUAUGGCUGGAACAUAAUGUCAGUGUGGUCGGCGGCAUUUUGUGUUUUCCUUUGUAAAUACUGUUAUUUGUAUAUACUGUAAAUGAUGACAUCGGUGGGCAGCAGCCGCACCCGGGGCAAUUGGGAGCAGCCGCAGAGCCAAACACAGAGCCAGACACAGCACAAGCAGAGGCCUCAGGCCACAGCUGAGCAGAUCCGACUCGCACAGAUGAUUUCGGACCACAACGAUGCAGACUUUGAGGAGAAGGUCAAGCAGCUGAUCGACAUCACAGGCAAGGACCAGGACGAGUCAAUGAUCGCACUGCAUGACUGCAACGGGGACGUGAACAGAGCCAUCAAUGUCCUGCUGGAGGGGAGCCACGAUACGGACUCAUGGGAGAUGGUGGGGAAGAAGAAGGGGGUGUCUGGUCAGAAGGAGAGCGGGCCGGCCGACGUGGGUGAGGAGGGGAAGGAGAACAGGGAGAGAGCGGGAGACAGGGAAGCUGUGCGACGCAGAGGGGGGACUCCCAGGAGAGGUCGCGGGGCCAGCCGGGGGAGAGAGAUCCGUGGGCAGGAGAACGGUCUGGACGGGGCCAAGGCGGGAGGGCCCUCGGGGCGGGGUAUGGAGCGUGGUCGCAGGGGCAGAGGUCGAGGCAGUCGAGUAGGAACCUCUGGAAGGCGAGGGGCCCAGGGCAGAUUUUCGGCCCAGGGCAUGGGAAAGUGGAACAUGCCCACAGCUGCUCAUGAGAUGCCUUUACAGUACAUACAGACCUUUAACCCAGCAGACUACGCCGAGCCGGCCCAGGCAGAGGAGGGCUACGUGGGGGGCAGCACCUGGAACAACACGGCCAGUCUGGAGCCUGAUGAUGGAACCAGGCUUGAGUUCCCUGCGGUUGAGGGAACAAGUUAUCCCAGAAAAUUUGACUCUGCUCAUGGUGCCUGGAGAGCACCUAAUGAGGAGUGGGGCACUGAGGACUGGUGUGAAGAUCUGUCUGAGACGAAGAUCUUCACAGCCUCCAAAGCCGCGCCCGCGCCCCUCCCCCAGGAGAGCGUCACCAUCACUGCUGGCCAGAGGAUCGACCUGGCGGUGCUUCUUGGGAAGACGCCCACCCCCUCGUCCUCAGAGCCAGAAGCCAGCAGUCUGGAGAGCUCCCAGCCCCUGGUGUUCAGCAGCUCAAAGCAGGGCGGCUCUCUGUCCCAGCCAGCCUCCAGCCCUGCCUACCCCCAGCACAGCAUGGCCAGUAUGCUAAGCAAAAGCUUUGGUGAGGUGGUGGACCCCAAGGGGGGUAACGGAGGGACGACCAGUGGCUCUCAGUUCCUGGAGCAGUUUAAGACGGCCCAGGCGCUGGCACAGCUGGCUGCUCAGCGCUCUCAGACUGGGCCCCCAAACCCCCCCGCCUCCUCCUGGGACACCAGCGCCUCUCUGGGGCAGUACGACCUGAAGCCCCAGCCUGAGGCUACGGCCCACAGCCCCUUCACCAAGCGCCAGCCCUACCAGCCCACCUCCUCUGCUGCCUCCUCUAUGAUGGAGGCCUUCCUCCAGGACAAAGCGUCCUCCUCCUCCUCCUCGGUCUCUUCCUCCCUACACACGCAGACUGCCCCCAGCCCCCUGGCGCCCCCCGUCUCGCCCCUCCCCAAACCCCCUGGCCCGGUCUCCGGGCAACAGAUGUCCCCCGCUUCCUCCGACAACCAGUCCUCCAGCCCCCAGCCCCUGCAGCAACACAAGCUCAAACAGCAGAGGAAGAGAGCCGCCAUCACCACGAAGAUCCCAGCGCUUGCCGUGGAGAUGCCUGGUUCUGCAGACAUCUCUGGGCUGAACCUGCAGUUUGGAGCCCUGCAGUUCGGGUCAGAACCAGUGCUGCCUGAGUACGACUCGACGCCGGCGACCAGCUCCCCUGCCAGCCAGACUCAGAACAGCCUGUUCACCAGUGCGAGCAGCGAGUCCAUGCCAACCAUUCCAAACCCCAGCCAGGACCAAGCGUACCAGGGCGGCCCUCUUCCCGGGGGCCCCUCGUACCCCUCUCAGACGGGCGUGUCGGGCGGUGUGGGGCAGCCCACGCUGUACGAGCAGAGGGCCACGCAAACCCGCCGUUACCCCCCCUCCGUCUCCUCCUCCCCACAGAAGGACCUGCAGCCCAGCAAGAAUGGGUUCAGCUCUAUGCAGACGGUGCAGGCUUUGGAAGCGGCUGCAGUUGCCGACGUGGUCACCUCGGUCUCCGCGUCAGUCAUAGACAGCGUCACAGGCGCCGCCUCCUUGUUGACCUCACCCAGCCAGGUGUCCCUCGGCACCCUGGGACACGGGGAGGACCUCGCCCCCAACGCCGUCACGCAGCCCCAGCACAGCAACUCCCUCUCCACACAGCAGAACAGCCUGGUCUCCUCCUCCGCAGUCCGCACCACUAACUCCAGUCUGCUGCACGGCGGUGUGGACGGUGACUCCGGCCUGCACUCCUCCUACCCCACCUCCUCCGUCAGCGUGGCCUCCUCCAGCCCCGCCUCCUCGCUCAGCGCCCCGCCCCCCUCGGCCCCGCCCAGCCUGAGCAUGGGCCUCAGCAGCACCGCCCCCUCUUCGUCCUCCUCCUCGGCGGCCACCGCCAUUUCCUCCGCCUCGCUGCGCAGUUCGAUGGCCAUGUCAGGGAAAGCACCUCCUAACCUGCCCCCUGGAGUGCCCCCGCUUUUGCCAAACCCUUACAUCAUGGCCCCUGGGUUACUACACGCAUACCCACCCCAGAUGUACGGCUAUGACGACCUGCAGAUGCUCCAGCCCCGGAUACCUCUGGAUUACUACAGCAUCCCCUUUGCUGCUCCCAACACAGCACUGACUGGCAGAGAGGGCGGUCUUACCGCCAACCCUUACUCUGCGGGCGAUCUGUCCAAGUUCGGGCGGGGCGAAGCUCCCUCCCCGGCGCCGGCCACCACGCUGGCGCAGCCGCAGCAGAGCCAGACGCAGACGCACCACAGCGCCCAGCAGCCCUUCCUCAACCCCGCCCUGCCGCCCGGCUACAGCUACACCAGCCUGCCCUACUACACGGGCCUGCCCGGCCUGCCCAGCACCUUCCAGUACGGGCCCGCGGUGUUCCCGGUGGCUCCUACCUCAUCGAAGCAGCACGGCGUGGGCGUCGGUGCGUCGGCCACGCCCUUCCAGCAGGCCAGCGGCUACGGCUCCCACGGGUACAGCACUGGGUAUGAGGAUAUGGGCCAGGCUGGCAGUGGGGAUUUCUGUAAGGGUGGAUAUAGCACUGCUGUCGCGGCCGCUGCUGCUGCUGCCGCUGCUGCUGCUGCUGCUGCUUCUGCACAAAGCAAGGCUGCCGGCUCUGUCAGCGGGCCUGGAGUGGGAGUUUCUGUGACGUCCAGCAACACUGGGGUUCCGGACAUCUCAGGGUCUGUUUACACAAAGACACAGUCGUUUGAUAAGCAGGGCUUCCACGCCGGGGCUCCAGCAGCCUCCUUCAGCCUGCCCUCAGCCCUGGGCAGCACGGGCCCCAUAAACCCCCCAGCGGCCCCCGGCUACGCCCCCGCCCCCUUCAUGCACAUCCUGGCCCCCCACCAGCAGCCCCACUCCCAGAUCCUGCACCACCACCUGCAGCAGGACGGACAGGGUGGAUCUGGCCAGCGGAACCAGAACUCCACCAUUCAGCAGAAGUCACAGGUCAACAAGUCUCCUUAUAACAGCUACACCUGGGGGGCCAACUAACCCAGCGCACAUGUCCAAGCCUGACACAAGCCUAUUCCCCCAUCUGCCCUGGAGUGUCCCCUGCUCACCUGCUCAACCUGCCAACAUCCUCCCCUGCAGUUCCCUCUCUGGCCAAAGGUGUCACUGUACACAGGGAGUGUGAGGCCUGCACUGUGGGCGUUGUGGCAGGAGAACAGGGUGUCUAAUGGAGGGGUAGGAGGGAAAAUCGCAGACCUUUUUUUAAAUUGGUGCCCUCAUCUCUUCCUCUUGUAUGUCCCUUGGACCUUGUUUUUUCUAUGAAGGCAUUUAGGUUUAUUGAUUGUUUUUGUUUUUUUUGACUGAUUUUUGGGGACGGAGAGGUGUGAGUGGAAUGGGGGGUGGGGCCUCUGGUGAUUUUACACCCCUACCCCCAUAGCUCUCCCCUGGCCCCUCAAUCCUGCCAGACACACAAACAAAAAAAUUUGAUUUUGUUUCCUCAUCUUUAGAACGUUAACAGAUAUCAUUUGAAAAUCCUCUGCAUUAAAGAUCAGCAUAUCGCACGUAUAUCCAUAUGGUGUGCGUGCAUGCACACUGGUGUGUGUGUGUGUGUGUGUGUCUCUGGCUGUAAACUGACUGGACGUUGAGGGGAAUUGGCCCCUCCCCUUUGUGGGGGCAGGGGGCGGAGUCCUGCUCCUGUGUUAUUACUGUUCCUAUGGAAGCCAUUGUGGGCGGGCAGUGACUCCGCCCCCCCAUUCCGUAUGCCUCCAUUCAUUGGGCUGCGGCAGCGCUGCUGCUGCUGUUCCACCUGUUCAUUGGGCCUCCCCCGGCAGUCAGUUUGCCCCUCCCCCUUUGCCGUCAAAUCAAGUGUCAGUUUGAACUUAAUUUUAAUCAGUUCACACAGGGUGAGCUUCCUUCAUUAAUCCGUUCUUUUGUGCGUUUUCUGUCGUAGAUUUGGGCGACAGUCACCCCACGUAAACGUGUUGUACUUUUCUAUUCCUUCCUCUCUCCCGUCUCCCCACAUAUUAUUAGUAAGAUACUUAAAAGCCCUGAUUAAUGGACAGAAUUGUAAUGGUUUUUUCUGCUUUUUUUUUUUUUUUCAGUGACCUUUUUUGUACUGUGCGUUUAAAAAGAAUUUAAAUGGAUAAACUUGUAUAUAUAAAAACACACAGAAGUACUGUAGUCCUGCUUUGUUUGAUGGCUUAAUAUUUUUUUAUUUGUAUUCUCCAGACCCUCACAACUUACAUUUUGUUUCCUUUUUAUUUUGUAAACUCUAUAUAUAUAUAUAUA